CUGCAACGGUUUUUAUCGUGUGGCUUGUGGAGCAAAAGCGAGAUAAACAUUCUGAGUUUCUAAAUCAUUUUGUGGCUUGUUCUAACAUGUACUCGUAAAAUGUCCCGUAAAGUGGUUGCUUUCCAGUUCUAGGUUUACGCGGGUUGUGAUUUGUGCCAACCAAAAUGGAUAGCAGCAAGAUAAGUGCGCGCACAGCGCGUCUAAACAAUCUCAUCCUUGGUCGUGCGGCAAUGGUAGCGGAAUCUUCCUCCAGCCUGGAUCAGGAUAAUGAUGAGUUGCUGGAGAAUGGUAUAUCCCGCGAGAGUCUGCUGGAUUCACUGUUUGUGCUGUAUGAGGAGUGCAGUAAGGAUGUUAUCAAAAAGAAGGAUAAAAACGUUGCGGAUUUUGUAAACAAAUAUCGCCCCAUCAUUAAGGAAACCCGUACAAUGCGCGUAAAUGUGAACGACUUCAACGUGAAGAAUUUGAUCGGGAAGGGUUAUUUCGGGGAGGUCCACUUGGUAUCGGAGAAGAAAACAGGCGAGGUAUAUGCAAUGAAGAAAAUGCGCAAGGCGAUAGUCACUUCCACCCAGAUCCACGAAGAGCGUGACAUCAUGGCAGCAAGACGAUCGGACUGGAUCACUCCGCUGCAGUAUGCAUUCCAGGACCAAGAAUGUCUGUACCUGGUCAUGGAAUAUCUGCCGGGUGGUGAUUUGCUGAGUUUGAUGAUCCGCGUUGGAGUCUUCGACGAAGAGCUUGCCCAGUUUUACCUCGCUGAACUGACGGAAGCGCUACAUUCGCUACACAACCUCGGUUUCGUCCACAGAGACAUCAAACCGGAAAAUAUUUUGCUGGAUCGUUUUGGUCAUCUAAAGUUGGCAGAUUUUGGAAACGCCACAUCACUCAAUAAGGACGGUAGUGUAACCAGCAUGACACCCGUAGGAACUCCGGAUUACAUCGCACCCGAGUUGCUGCAAACGCUCUCGACGGCAUCGAAAUCGUACACCGGCAAUCACGAUGUCACGUGUGACUUCUGGUCAAUGGGGAUUAUUGGAUAUGAGCUCGUAACGGAAGCGACACCGUUCCACGAUGAGAAUGUGAAUGAAACCUAUUCGAAGAUUUUGGCCCAUUGCGAUGGGCGGCACAUAGCAAAGUUGCAAUAUCCGGCGCACGUUUCUGUGUCUUCCCAUUAUCGAGAUCUUAUCGAUAGGCUGGUUACGAAAGCGUCCAACCGAAUAAGUUAUGCGGAAAUCCGAAGGCACCCAUUCUUCAGUGAUAUCAACUGGGAGAAGCUGCGAUACCGCAUUCCGCCCAUAAUUCCCAACGUUAGUAGCGAUGAUGACAUCUCUAAUUUCGAAGAUGUUGAUAAAUCGUUCAAGAGAAAUGCCUUCACCAGCAAACCAACCUAUCCGAUCAACAAGGUGAAUGAUUUCAGCGGCCAAAAUUUGCCUUUCCUAGGUUAUACAUAUGUUUAUGAAGAACCUGAUCCAGCCGGCAAAUAUCGUGACACAGACGAACACAUGGCAACGACGAGAUUGUCGCAGAGAAUCAAGGAUCAGGAUCGACUAAUCAAAGAGCACAAUGCAGAGAUUCACCAUUUACAGCGAGAGCUGCUGGAAAAAGAUCGUCGCAUUGCGACAAUGAACGCUCAAAGUAAAAUUUUUGGUGAGACCAAAAAAGAAUUGGAAAAUCUGCAGGAACUCCUAAAGAAUAAGACAGCCGAAUUAGCCGCGGCAAAAACCGAUAUAAAAACGCUACGCAACAGAUUGAAGAUCGAAGAGGAGCAACGGCUGAAAAAUGACGCAACGAUUGCGGAUGUGCUCAAGCAAACGUACAAAAAGUGGGAAAAGGCUAAGCAAACCUCCGAUCAAAACUACGAAAAACAGAUCGCCGAUAGGCGUACGGAAAUUAUUAGCUUGAAUGAGAAGUUCCGCGCGCAGGCCAGUGAUCUUCGUUCGAAGGUUGAUGAGUGCAUUCAGCUGCAGACGAUGAUCGAGAACUACAAGGAGCUGGUGAAAAAAUCGAAAGAUCAAUUGAUGGUGGAUAAGGAGGACUACGAUCGUAACCAUCAGCAGUUGAUUGCGGCGUACGAAACGAAGCUGCUGGAGCUGAAACAAAAGUGGAAAAUGGAAAAGGAUUUGCGGGUUAAGGGAGAGGAAGAAAACCGUGAACUGCGCUCGCGUAUGCAAGAAAACGAACACAACGUCAUAAAUACCGAACAAUCACACAUGAAAUUUGUGGAUAAUUUAAAGCGAAGAAUGACAGUUCAGCUGGAAGAGGCAAAGGAAGUCUCCGACAAGAUGAGUGAAGCGAUGCAGCGGAAGUGUGAGGAUCUGCAGAAAGAAAUUUGUAAGCUUCAGGAGCAGAGUGUUACUAGCAGUGCGAAUACGAGCCGCAGAAGUUCGCUGAGUCAUGCUACCGAACAAGAGUUUAGAAGUGCGAGCUCUAGCCUGCAAGAGCUGACCGCUCAAGUAGAGGAACAAUUGCGGAAUGAUUUAAUCAAAGCAAGAGAGAGUGAGGAUUUGCAACGCAAGCGGGCCGAUGGACUGGAGGAGGUCGUUUCUCGCCUGGAGAAGAUCAUCGACCAAUUCAAAACAAGCCAAUGCUCGACGGGGACGGGUUCCGCAUCAAUUCUGGAACGACAAAACGAACGGCUGGAAGAUAAACUGAGCGCCAUUCGGGAGCAAUCGAUACUGGACAAGCAAUCUGCACGAACCGCUAAUUUGUCACUGUGGAAGUUGGAGAAAGAAUUGGAGAAGGUGAAGUUAGACAACAGCAUUCUUGGCAGAAGGGUCGAGCAGGCGGAUGAAAGGGUGAAUAAAAUACGGAAGGAAAAAGAGGAGGUUGAUUUCAGGGCUGGUCAGACGAAAGAAAUCAUAUGUAACAAGGAGAAACAGAUUGAUGAUCUGAAGGAGGAUAUUCGUUUGCUGAAAGAGGAGCUGAAGAGAGAGAAGAGUUCUAGAGAUUAUUCUGAAAAGGGGCGUCUUGCAGAAAAGACGGAACUGAUUACGGCUGCCGCCAAAAUUCAAAGCUUGGACGAAAAGUUAGAUGAAGCAAGGCAGAAGAUUGGCCAAGCGAAUGAUAAGCUGAGAAUGACGGCAUCGGAGAAUUCUCGGCUCCUUCGGGAGCUGAAUGAAUGCCAGGAAGAGUUGGCAGAUGCGCAUGAGUUAAACAGGGAUCUAGAGGAAAAGUUGAACACAGUGUCCAAAAAUUUCAACAUGCUGAAGGGUGUUUGUAAUAUCACAGAAACUCAGCUAACUGAGCUAGAGAUUUUAUUGGAGAAAGAGCAGAGGAGAAAUAAAGAAAGUCAAGAAAAGAUCGAUGGUUUGUGGAAGCAAGUGAAAGGUAAGAAUGAAGAAGUGGCCAAACUUAGAAAAGAGCUCGAGUGCGAAAAAUCAUCGAAGACAUUGAGCGAAUCUAAAUCUUCCCAACUUUUGGUAGAAUACCAAGAACUGAGAACUAAAUUCGAAGACCUCCAGAAGCAGAUGGUCGAACAGCAAAAAGAGUUGAUCGAGAAAACCAGCAACCUGUUCGAAGUUCAGGAACGUAUUGAAAUACUGAAUCUGGACAUCGGUAACCUCCAAAAACUAGUAAACAACUACGAACAUGAACAUUUAAUAUUGAAGGAAGAAAACAGCAAAAUUCUUACUGAUUUAUUCCUGGCUAAGGAAUAUACUACAACACAGGAAAACGAGAUAAAAGACUACAAAAAUCAGAUCAAUCAAUUGAACAACGAAUUGGACCAUGUUAAGACAGUUCUCACGGAACAAAAAACUUUCUACACAGAACGGGAUAUCAAAUCUGAAGCAACUCUCGCGCAGCAUAAAAAACUCAUCGACUAUUUGCAGUCACGUGUGGAAGAAAGUUCUCACAAGAAGAAGAAAACACUGGCAGAUAAAAUAUUUGGCAGUGGAGGUCAUGACAAGAAAGAGAAUGUCCCCCCGAAUCCGAUUAUGGUGGAAAACACAACCAGUUACAAAAAGUUACACGAUGAGCUGCAAAAGGAGCGCCAACGUACCAACCAACUGAAAGAGCAGCUGCUUCGGGCAAAAACGGAUAUGAUUGCCAUGCAGGGUACUUUGAAGAAAGCAAAGCAUGAUGAAGAAAAUCAGCAGAUAGUAGAGGAGAGAUCAAGGGGGAAUUUUACUUCCGAGAGAUCACCUUCGAAGUUGACCGAGCAACAUGCUACGUCCCGGCAAGAAUUUCAAAUGAGUCCCAGAAAGUCUCCUUUCCGUGAAAAGAAAGCUCACUCAUUCGACAUGACCAUGGAAACUUCCUCAUCGAAGAAUCCAGUUCAGCUGUGCAAUGUUUGCGAUCGUCACAUCUUGACAGGACAUCCCUACUGGAAGUGCGUUGUUUGUGGAGCUAAUGUUCACCGAAAAUGUCGCUCGGGCGCCACCGAUGAGUGUCGAGGUGAGGGGGAUUUGGAAUCGCUGGCCAAUGAACUGGUAGAAGACAGUAGUGACAGAGAAUCGCUGCAAGAAAGAGUUAGCCUUGCGCAAUUCGACUCGGAGGCUACCGAAGAACCAAUCAGCACGGUGGACGAGAAGUCCGACGAUGACGAGGACAAGUAUGUGGGAGACCUGCUGUUCAAAACCAAAAGACUGCAACCAGUGUUAGCCAUAAAUGAUGUUUAUGAUGUCAGCGAAAGUGUUGUGUUAUUGGCUUGUGAUAGUGGUCUAUACUCCUACAACAUGGAAACAUCGGAUAUUGUGCAAAUCAAAGGCAUCUCCAAUGUAAAAUCAUUCACAAUUUCGCAAAGCAUUCCAAAGGCGAUCAUCAUUGGAAACGAUGGUGAGUAUCUGUACCAAUGCGACUUACGGCACCUACAAAACCGGGCUCAGGCAUCAUCUUGCCUGUCCCCGAAGCUGGAGACAUUCGUGCUAGAUCUCUCGAUAGCCAACCGAACGCACAGCGAGCGUUGGCAUCUGGUGCGCAUGAUGGAUAACGUUCUGCCCCAGCAACUAUCCGAUGCGGUCGCAAUAGCGGCAACAUCCUCCAGAAUAGUAAUACUUAAAUUUGACACAAACUUGGGACGGUUCAAACCCGUGCGUGGUUUGGAUACAGUGCUGCCCGUUUCUUCAGUGCUUUUCACUAAACAUACAGCAAUCGUGAGCUCGGAUAAAUUCUUCGAAAUCGAUCUCGGAUCAUUUGGGGCGGAGGAAUUCCUGGAUAUGUCCGAUACCAGCCUGAGGGAUAUUCGAUCGUGCACUCCAAUGGCUGCCUUCAAAGUGAACAGCCAAGAGCUUUUGCUUUGUUUCAAGGAGGUUGGAAUAUUCGUGGAUGAGUUUGGUUGUCGCUCACGUCCGGACAAUAUAAACUGGUUGCAGGAGCCGCUAGACGUGAAGUAUCGCGAUUCUUGUCUGUUCAUAGCACACUCGGAUUGCGUUCAAGUUCUCUAUGUAAGCAAAUCAUACACUAAGGAGUUGGAGCGCAAGGUAGCAUCAGAGGAACGACGAGCUUUUGUUAAUCUUAAGGCACCACGACUUUUGGCAUUCCUGGAUUUCGCACGAACCAGCAUAUAUGUGGCGUGUGAAUGUGGUUCGGAGAGGGAGCAGGAAAUUAUCAAGCUGGAUGGAUAUAAGGCAUUACAAACUACGUCGGCUUCCAUGAGUAAUUCGAUGGAAACUUUAUCUAGCAUAGCAAGUUACCCGACAACGGUGACUCAAAGUAAUGAAACAUUGUCAGCCCUCGGUCAGGCGGUGUAAGUAUUCGUGAACGAUAUAACAUUUCUCAAUACUGGAUAAGUUGUUUUUAAUUUAUGACAAGAAGUAUGUUUUCAUUGAAUAAAGAUUUACUUCGUUCAAA